UUCGUAAUAUUAAUUGAUGUGACAUUAUUAUUUAGUAUUAUUAAUAUGUCGUCCAACAAAGUGAAGCCAUCGCCAUUCCAGCGCCACCAUAUUGGUUUAAAUCAAUUCUUGCGACAGCCACCAACACAUAACUCUAUUUUUAAGGACAUGCGAAUAACAUUAUGUGUUUUGAAGGCAACAGGUCUGUUACCUAUCUACGAAGAGGUUUCUAGUUAUGAAGUUGGACCACCUACAAAGUCAAACAUUUAUUAUUCAUUUUUCAUUCGAGGGGUUGUACAAAUUUUCACUUUAUUCAACCUCUAUAACCUGAUAACGCCUGGAUCAGCACAACUGUUUUACUCCUACAGUGAUACGGAUAAUGUGAAUAAAUGGAUUGAGUAUUUAUUGUGUGUGUUAUCUCAUUCAGCGACUGUUAUGAUUUGUGGUAGAAAUUCAAAACUGUUCAUAAAGAUCUUAAAUGAAAUAUUGAAAGUGGAUGAAGAUGUCUUCGACCGAUUCAGAGAAACUCUGGAAAAUAAAUGUGGAUUCUCACUAAAGUACAUUGUGGGCAUAUGUAUUUGCCAAUGGUAUUUAAUCGUAUUACGCGUGUUAGCUGUUAAAGAUACUCUUAACGUAAACUCAUAUAUAUUUCUAUUUAUCUACGCCGUGCAAAAUGGCAUGGCAACUAUUUUCAUUGUUUUUACGGCGGCUUUAUUAAGAAUCCUAAAGAUGCGUUUCGCUCACAUAAACACAACCCUUAAAGGUUAUACGUACAGCGAGCAACAUAAGUUACGACGUAUACCAGGACGAGAUAGGGAUGUAAUUACAAUGGAUUCUUUUCCUGAGGAUUCUCUAUUUAUAUACCGUUUGCACAAUAAGUUGCUACGGAUCUAUCGUUCAAUUAACGAUUGCUGCAGCUUGAUUUUGGUGGCAUAUAUGGGAUAUGCUUUCUACACUAUUACCACUACUACCUAUAAUCUAUUUGUUCAAAUAACAACACAGCGCUUAUCAUUCAAUGUGUUACAAACGUGUUUUGUGUGGCUAGCAAUGCAUACUUGCGUCUUGGCAUUACUGUCAAAAAAUUGUGGACAAGCCACAGAUGAGGCUAAUAGUACUUCGCAAGUUUUGGCUCGUGUCUACGACGCAUCUAAAGAUCAUCAAAAUAUAGUGGACAAGUUUUUAACAAAAAGUAUUAAGCAAGAGGUGCAAUUCACUGCUUACGGAUUUUUCAUAAUUGAUAACUCCACACUUUUCAAAAUCUUCUCAGCUGUAACAACUUACUUGGUUAUUUUGAUCCAGUUCAAACAAUUGGAAGAUUCAAAAAUGGAGGAUGACUCGAGUUAAAUUGUGAGAAUAUAACAAGUAUUUCCUUUUCACUAUUACCAAAUUAUUAAAUACAUAUUUAUUCAAUCAGACA